CCCACCACCAAAAGUGUGUGUGUCCCUCUCUGUGACUAUCUGUAUAUGUAUCAUCAUCAUCUAUAUCUAUAUGUUCUACAAAACCAACACACACACACACACAAAGAAUCAACAAACCCCAUAGUACUAUUACCACCACCAGUAGCACAGUUCAAUUAUUACCCAUUUACCCCCACCUCAUUUUCACACUUCAUGUUUCUCCUUAAAUAAAUACCCAUAUAGUUUUUGGAUCUUGUUUAUAUAGUAAUGUGGAUUUUUUGUUGAUUUUUUUUUUCUUCAAAAAUUUUGUUUUUUUUUACCUUGUAAAUCAUGGAUAAUCAACAGUCAACUAUUUUUUCUUCUGAAGAUAUGUUGUAUAAGGAGCUAUGGAAGGCAUGUACAGGCCCACUAGUUGAUAUUCCAAGAAAUGGAGAAAGGGUGUUUUAUUUUCCUCAAGGUCACAUGGAACAAUUAGAAGCAUCAACAAACCAGGAAUUGAAUCAAAGAAUCCCUCUUUUCAACCUUAAGUCAAAGAUCCUUUGUAGGGUUGUUCAUACUCAAUUAUUGGCUGAACAAGAAACCGAUGAAGUUUAUGCUCAGAUCACUUUACUGCCAGACCAAAAUCAAAGUGAUAUCGAUCCAACGAGUCCUGAUGAAUGUCUAGAAGAGCUACCAAGACCAAAUGUUCACUCUUUUUGUAAAGUGUUGACUGCUUCGGAUACAAGUACUCAUGGAGGAUUUUCGGUGCUUCGGAAACAUGCUAAUGAAUGCUUACCUCCUUUGGAUAUGACUCAGCCAACACCUACUCAGGAGUUGGUAGCAAAGGAUCUCCAUGGAUUUGAGUGGCGAUUUAAGCAUAUCUUUAGAGGUCAACCACGACGGCACUUACUUACAACAGGAUGGAGCACCUUUGUUACUUGUAAGAGAUUAGUGGCUGGGGAUUCAUUUGUAUUUCUUAGGGGGGAGAAUGGUGAAUUGCGGGUAGGUGUUAGACGUUUUGCUCGUCAACCAAGCACCAUGCCUUCUUCAGUGAUUUCAAGCCAGAGUAUGCACCUUGGAGUGCUUGCAACUGCAUCACAUGCUGUUUCAACCCAAACCCGUUUUGUUGUUUACUAUAAACCAAGGACAAGUCAGUUCAUCAUAAGCUUGAAUAAGUAUGUUGAAGCUGUAAACAAUAAGUUUACUGUUGGGAUGAGAUUUAAAAUGCCAUUUGAGGGCGAGGACUCUCCUGAAAGAAGGUUUACAGGGACAAUAGUUGGAGUUGAAGAUAUAUCUCCACAGUGGGAAUGCUCUAAAUGGCGCUCGUUGAAGGUUCACUGGGAUGAACCUGCAUUAUUUAUGAGACCAGAAAGGGUUUCUCCAUGGGAGAUUGAAGCAUUUGCGACUGCUGUUCCCACAAGUUUAGCUCCACCAGUGGCACCAAAAAGCAAAAGGCCUAGACCUCCCGUCGAAAUUCCCAAUCUUGAACCUGCAUGUCCUACUGCAUCUAUUGUUUGGAAUGCUUCUACUCAGAUUCCUGAAGGACAGACAAGUGAUUACCGCGGUUCCUGGCAUCCAAACCAAACUGAAAAUGGUAACAAUGGUUGUCAUUUUAGGCCCUCUCCAAUCGUGACUUCUCAGAACACAUUUUUUGAUGAAACCGAAGAUCAAAAAGGUCUAUCGGGCUGGUCAACUUACUCAUCUCAAGAAACAGUGAAGCAACCUGUUGAUUCAAUUCAAAGUUCAGUUGACAUGAAGAAAUCUGAAAGUAUUUCAAGCUGUAGAUUAUUUGGUAUUGACUUGAUGAUUCCUACCAUAGGUGAUAACAUACCCGAGACAUCACCAUUAACCCCAUCAAACACAUCCAAUACCUUUGCUGAUGGAUAUGUGCCAAGUUCAUUGUCUGUCGGGAUUUAUGAUCAGAAGUCUGUUCUAUCGAAAGAUUGUAAAGAUCAAGGGCAUUUGCAAGUGUCACCAAAAGAAGUCCAAAGCAAACAGAGCACAUGUACUCGUAGUCGGACCAAGGUUCAAAUGCAAGGCAUGGCAGUUGGUCGUGCAGUAGACUUGACUGUAUUAAAAGGGUAUAACGAGCUUUUAGAUGAACUUGAGGAAAUGUUUGAGAUUCAGGGAGAGUUACACCCUCGUAAUCAGUGGGAAAUUGUCUUUACUGAUGAUGAAGGAGACAUGAUGCUCUUGGGUGAUGAUCCAUGGCUGGAAUUCUGUAGCAUGGUUAAACGGAUAUUGAUAUACUCAAGUCAAGAUGUGAAGAAAUUGAGAGCAGGCAGCAGGCUUCCCCUUUCUUCUGUAGACAAUGAAGUGUCAGGAUUUAGCGUGGAAGCUGGUGAAAACUGAAGAAUUUAAGUUCAGAAUUAUAAUAUCAUUGAUCAUGUAUCUCCCCACUUUAGCGGCUAUUUCGUUUUUCUUUUUAAAACCCUGUUUGGAUUGUUAAUGGGUGAUAUUUAGAGGCUAAAAAUGUAGGGUGCAACUAAUUUGGUGCUAGUUUGGCGCAACUAAUUCGGAGAUCUCACAUGCUUGAAGCAGUAGAAUUAGGAUUAUGUGCAUAUUAGAGAUUUGAAUGCUGAUUUUUUCUCUUUACUUUUUUUUUUCCUUUUUGAUUGUAAAUAUGAUGAUGCUUAAUUGCUUUGUUGGACAAUGAAAUUUGACAUUAGUGAGUGGAAA